GCGUCUUUAUUCCCGCCGACACAACUUCUCGAUCUUCCACUACUAGCUAACCAGUCGGGUUCUCUACGCUUAAGUAUCUCCUCUUUCUUCAGUAUAAGUUCGCAUAUCUAGCAACGGAAGUAUUACAUAUACACUGCGCCCUCGUUCUUAACCAUGAGGCUGGCCUCAAUACUCAUGCGGUUGCCGCAUACCUUACUCGUUACCUCCCUUGCGUUGGCCGCAGCGGCUUUGCCAGUCGAGUCAUCAUCGGUUGAGCUUCUAGUGCUUACGCCAGAUAACUUUAAUGAAACCACCUCGCACGGAGUCUGGUUCAUUGAAUAUUUCUCACCAUAUUGCCGGCACUGUCAGAAAUUCGCGCCUACAUGGACAGAACUGGCUGAGGAAAAUCAAAAGUCUGAGAACCCGGGCAUACGUCUUGCUCAAGUGAAUUGUGCAGUCCAUGGCGACUUGUGCAGGGAGAAUGGCGUGGAUGGAUACCCACAAAUGAAUGUCUACAAAUAUGGAAAAUACAUGGAGACCUUCAACCAAGUCCGGGAUCCCGCCAUAAUUAGAAAGUUUCUCUCCGAACAUGCUGAACCUCCACUCGCUUCUGCAGCGCCGGCCGUCCCGACCACUACUGCCGCUAUACAACCUGCGCAGACACAUGUUUCAUAUGACACAAUACUACCGCCCGUGUCUGAUAGGCUACUCAAUCCUACCGGAACUGUUUUGUCCCUCAACGAGAAGACUUUCUUUGACACUAUUAGUCAUGGACAUGUCUUCGUUAAGUUCUUUGCUCCUUGGUGUGGACAUUGCAAAAAACUUGCGCCCUCAUGGACCGAGCUUGCACGACACAUGAAGGACAAAUUGACAAUCGCAGAGGUUAACUGCGAAGAUCAUGGAGCUCUGUGUCGGACCCAAGAUGUUUCUGGAUACCCGAUGCUGUUCUACUACUCCGGCAAUAAGAAGGACAGCAAGACCGAGUAUACUGGAAGCCGGAAGCUUGAACAACUGAAAGCAUUUGCUGAGAAAUUGAUUGGGCCCCCUGUCCAAGAGCUCAAGCCUGAAGAUCUCGACAGGGUCAUUAAUGAACAUCCCGUCGUGUACCUUCUGCUACACCCGGCAUCCGAUGCAAAGGCUCUCGAAAUGGUUGUCGAAAACUCGAAGAUUCUUUUCGGCUCUCCCCCGAUUUAUGUUUCAAGCUCUCCAAGGCUUUUCCAACACUUCUCACUCGACUCAUCCAGACCUUACCUGCUAGCAUUGAAGGAUAAUGAUUCCGGUGUCCCCGUAACCAUUUACGAAUUUCACUGGUCGACUGCUGCGGAUGAUAAGGAAAUUCUGCGUCAUUGGCUCCUGUCAAAUCGUCUACCGAUAUCGAUGGAGCUUGACUCAGAUACAUUCCAGGAAGUGAUGAAUGCUCCCAAUAAACCCCUCGUUGUCAUCGCUGCUACUUCCGAGGCGAAUCUGCCCGAAAUCAUUGAGAGACUUAAGGAUGUGGCAAAACGGUGGCGAGCAAAUAAAGGCGCCACGAACGUUGUUUUCACUUGGAUGAAUUCAGAUAAGUGGACCAAGUGGCUCAAGAGCAUGUAUGGUAUCAGUGGUGAUGGUGUGGUUGUUGCUGAUCAUGCGCGUUUAGUAUACUACGACAGCGACCAGUAUGGUGGAAAGAUUCAGCUUUCUCCGGCUAGCAUUUCCUCUGCACUCUACGGAGCGAUCACAGGAACAAUGCCCUAUAAGCACUCAGAAAACGUCAUCGAACGUUUCGCACGAUACGUGAACCAGAAACUUAUGUCCCUCGAGCAACUAAUUGCACAUCAUCCAUGGCGAUUCGUGUUUGCCGUCGUCAGCAUUCUUGCCCUGGUCGUUUUGUUCAUCAAACGAUUAGUGUGGGACGAGACCAUGGACGACUAUUAUCGAGGAAGGGGAGGUGAUAAGCUCACUCGCAAGUCUGCUCGACUUGAUUGACAUUGUUUCAAUUGUGCGAGAUAUUUAUUGGCACGCUUUCACUGAUUACCAUCUCAUGACUUUGGGGUAUUCAUGUUUCUGUCUUGUAGGCUACGUAUCUUUGGUGUCGGAUGGACGAUUAGGAUAUAAUUUUAUGAUCACGGCCUUCUAUUCGCACCGUGGUUGGUCUGAUGGCAGUCUUUCAUACGCUCUACACAUCACAAGCUUUCAUCGGACGAGACUUGGGACACCGAAGCAUAUCUUCUCGGCCGGACUUGGAAGCAUACAUUAUAUCAUUCGAAUACGAUGAUGGGCGGGGUACUAUAAUACGGAUAAAGAUGCAACUAUGAAGCGGGAACAAGAAACAACAAGCGAAACGAAUGUGAGGACAACAGGAAGUCUCUAUGCUAAUCCGAACUCCUUUCUAACCGGGGGCACCAUAAGCGUUUUGCCCUUUAAUAAUUUCGUCAGCCAAUCACCCACGAUAACUCCCCAGAGAAUACCCAAAUAGCCCGAACCCCCGCUCUACAAAGCAAUGUCUGUCAACACGAAGUGCAUGGAACGCAGGCAGUGAAUGACUUGCCUUCCCGAGAGGGACCACAAUCAUCUCAGGACUACCCUUAUAGACCUUGCUUAGCGGUUGGCCAGUAAGGUAGCUUUGUAUAUUUGCAGCAACAACGUCGGCGUGCGCCUUGGUCUUGGCGGCUUGCUUCUGUUCAGGCCAAUCGAUGAUGUCACCCAAAGCAAACACGCUUGGAUGAUUUACCACCUC